AAAAAAAAAAAAAAAAAAAAAAAACAAGGGGGCGACGGGCAGAGGGAGAAAGAAGAAGAAGAAGAAAAGACCAUGAAGAAACGUUACGUGGACGCGAGCAGGCUGCGAAAGAUGAAGAAAUUGAAAAUAAGCGAGCGUCUGUCAGAAAGCGCGUACACCUUCCUGAAGUUUAUGGCCAUGUGGAUGUUGGUUCUGCUGGCAGAUUUCCUCCUGGAAUUCCGUCUGGAAUACCUGUGGCCGUGCUGGCUCUUCUUCGGGAGCGUCUACACGACGUUCCACUGCCACGGGCUGGUUAUUUGUGUCGUCUUUGUGUGCGCCGCCUUCACACUUGACAUCUUUUGUUUGAUUUUUGUUCCUUUGCACUGGCUCUUCUUUGUGGCCAGCACCUACGUCGUAUUCAAUUACAUUUGGCACACAGAGAAGGGCAUCUGCAUCUCCACAGUCUCCUUGUGGAUUCUUCUCCUGUACACGGAGGCUUCACUUCGACUCAAAGACCUUAAAACCUCACAUGCCAAUCUUUCUCAUCUCUUUGCCGCUCACUGCAUCGGAUAUCCGGUCGUCUAUCUGGGCUUCGACGUCACCUGCUACUUCACCAACAUCUUCAAGCUGCGCAUCCAGAAAACGGUGCAGAGCGACAAUGACUUCCACAUGCACCUUCUGCAGCACUCGCUCCCGCCGGGCCUGCAGCUUUACCCCAAGAUGGCGGCCGACAAUGGCCCUUCCAAAUGGAAGUCAAAGUCAGAGUCCAGUCAGUACCAGUGUCAGAACGGUGCUGUUCUCCCUCAAGACGAGUCCCACACCGUAGACUGCCUCCAGAUCCGGAGCGAGGAGCGAGCCGCCGAGAAGGCCACACAAGAAGUCCGAUCAGUUGAAUCCAACCGGAAGCCGUUGUUGUCCAAAGGCGGCUCGAGUGAGUCCAGAGAUCCGGUCCGCAACGGGUCACCGGGGCCAGAAUCCUCUACCACCCCAGACAAACUACCUCAGGAGGAGCAGGCCAGCAAAGCCGUACGUGCGGUGAAGAACUCCUCGCCCAGAGUCCGGCGGGCUAACGCGGCCACGCUUUCGCCCCCUGCUGGCAGGACAGAAAAGAAACAACGAUCUGGUGGGAAAACGGUCAGCCCGAAUCGGGACGGAGGCGACAAAAGUACCACAGCGGUUCAGAAUCAGCACGCUGAGCAGCUGAGCAGGCUGGAGCAGGAGCUGAGGAAGCUGAGGGGCGAGCUGCAGGUGAGCCGACAUGGCGAGCAUGAGCUGAGGAGUCACAUCUGCAACUUGACCAACAGCGAGAGGAGCCUCAGGCCCGAAGUGGCCCUGCUGCGACAGUCCAACAUGCUGCUGCAGAGCAAGAUCAUGUGCUUGAGCAAAACCAAGCAGCGGGACAAGCAGACCAGCGCCAUGCUGGAGAAGAAGAUGCGGGCGGAGACGGAGGCGAGGCUCUCGCUGGAGAGGCAGGUGGCCGAGCUUCAGGCCCACAGACCUGACGAGGCGGCCAGCGCGGCCAGGACCGUGACCGCCAGGCAGGAAAACAGUGAAAGCCAAAUGUUAAGGAAAAGAGUUAAAGAUCUAGAGACAGAGUACAAGCAACUCCAGCUGCAGUAUCAAGUCAAAGAGAGUCAUGUGCUAAAUCUAGAGAGUGAUGUGGAGGCGUUAGGAAAGUACCGUGGUGUGGAAAAGGACACGGACAUGCUGCUGUCCACUCUGUCGGCCAUUCAGGACAAGGCUCAGCAUCUGGAGUACAACCUGAGCGCUGAGACGCGUAUCAAGCUGGACCUGUUCUCAGCUCUGGGGGACGCCCGCAGACAGCUGGAGAUCUCUCAAGAUAAACUGCUGAGGCAGGACAAGGAAAUCAGCGGCAUGAAGCAGAAAAUCGCCGAGGUGAUGGCGGUGAGCCCCGCAGUGUCCUACGCGGCCCCCCGGCCCCCCGUGCCUCAGUACCUCACCAAGCUGCUCAGCUCGGAGCGCUACAUGCUGAACCCGCGCGCCUUCAUGUACCAGUGUCUGAAAAAGUAGACCAUCGCACCCCCAGUGCGAGGGGAGGGACAGGCUUGACGGGAUAGAACGUCAGCCGUCGACAUGUUGUCUGCUUCCAGCCAGAAGAGGACGCGAAGCGGUCUCCUUAAGCACGACAACUUGCCUUCGGACCCCGCUACCGGUGCUAACGUGACGUUUGCGGUUUUGCGGUUUUUUCAGUUAAAAAAAAAUCUCAUCAGUCAACAGUGCAAUUUUAAUACAGUGGUACCUUGACUUUGCAUUUAAUUCGUGACCAUGCUCUUAACUCAUGUAACUCAGCUCAUGUUCUUAAGGCCCAUGGUUGGAAAAAAUAAAUUUGGCAAAAUAUUUAUAUAAAAUAUUAAUAUAAAAAGCUAACCAUGUGAACUGAUAGUAGGCAGAUGUUGUGAAGUUUGCAGUCGCCAUCUAGUGGCAGAAUGACUGAGGUCAAAGAGGUCAAAUAUUUGCUCGUGUCACGAAUGCAAACAUCGAUUUAGAGAUGCUCAAAACUUGCUCAAAACUUGAGCAUCUCUAAAAAUUAAAUCAAUCAAGGUACUCGUGUAUUAAAAAGGCCAUCUGACAAAAAAUCAUGAAGUUGAAACACACACACACACACACAAACAUACAAGUUGAAAAGCACAACAGUUUUGCAAAUUUUAAAAUCGUUGAAAUAAUGUCAAAGACAAAUAUUUAAACUAUUUCAAGCUUCAGUUAUAUUUUAACAGUAUUCAAAUAAUUUUACAUAUUGUCAAUGUCCAGUGCAAAGCAUGCAUCUCCACAUUUGGAUUUUUUUAAAUCACAAAAAUUUGGAGGUAUC